UUCUGCUUCUUCUUUCCCACCUAUCGUCUGCCUCAGUUCUUCCUCUUUCAUUCACUUGAAUUUUCACACUAAUUUCUCCACAGUUAGAAAAAGAAAUUCCUCCACAUUGGUCGAACUAUUCAAAUGCUGGUCUAAUUUUGAAGCAUUGUUACACAUAGAACACUUCCUUAGUUCAUCACAGGAAAUGGAUUCUCGUAAAUGGAUUUUGUUUAUAGGGAUCAUUGCAAUUUUCCUGCUUCAGAAUUCAAGCGAUGUGGAAGGAAGGCAUCAUAUUCACAGUCAUAAGAAGCAUAAGAGCAAUAAUGGAAAUGCUGGUUCCCCUGUCUAUGCACCUAGUCCUGGUGACCCUGGCUCCGAUAACCCUGAUUAUCCUCCUCCUAUUUCUUCAGACCCGAGCAAUCCUCCAUAUAGUGAUGACCCUGGAAAUUCCAGCAGUCCUGUGUCUCCUGAUCCUGGAAAUUCUACCACAGGAUGCACUUUCAAUGUCAUGGAUUUCGGGGCAGUUGGUGAUGGUUCAACUGAUGACACUGCUGCAUUUAGAGAUGCUUGGAAGGAAGCUUGUCAAGCAGAAUCAAGUGUUCUUUUGGUUCCUGAAAACUAUGUUUUCUUGAUCACUUCAACAAUUUUUUCAGGACCUUGCAAACCUGGUCUUGUCUUUCAAGUUGAUGGGGUCCUAAUGGCGCCUAAUGGACCUGAUUGCUGGCCAAAAGGUGACAGCCCUCAGCAAUGGCUUGUAUUUUAUCGACUAAAUGACAUGACACUGACUGGAACUGGUACUAUUGAAGGCAAUGGUGAAAAAUGGUGGUCACUACCUUGCAAACCUCACAUGGGACCUCAUGGCUCAACAUUGCCUGGACCAUGUGACAGCCCAGCUCUUAUACGGUUCUUUAUGAGCUCCAAUUUGAUGGUGACAAAUUUGCGAAUCCAAAAUAGUCCAAAGUUUCAUGUAAAGUUUGAUGGAUGUGAAGGUGUGAUCAUCGAUACAGUGUCGAUCUCUUCCCCUAAGCUUAGCCCGAAUACGGAUGGAAUUCACGUCGAGAACACUAAAUCUGUUGGAAUAUACAACUCAGUAAUCGCAAAUGGCGAUGAUUGCAUAUCGAUUGGUCCUGGUUGUUCAAAUGUCGAUAUAGAAUCUGUCACUUGUGGACCUAGCCAUGGGAUCAGCAUUGGGAGCCUAGGAGUGCACAAUUCCCGGGCAUGUGUUUCGAACAUAACAGUCCGGAAUGCCAUCAUAAAGGACUCAGACAACGGAGUCAGGAUAAAGACAUGGCAGGGAGGUGCAGGAUCUGUAACAGGCAUAUACUUUGAGGACAUCCAGAUGGACAAUGUUAGAAACUGCAUAAUCAUAGACCAAUACUACUGCCUGUCAAAGGCGUGUCGAAAUCAGACUUCAGCCGUUUACCUAUCGGACGUAUCGUUUAGGAACAUAAAGGGCACUUAUGAUGUGAGAAGCCCUCCAAUCCACUUCGCCUGCAGUGAUACAGUGGCCUGCACAAAUAUAACAAUGUCUGAAGUUGAGCUGCUUCCGUUCGAAGGUAUAUUGGUAGAUGAUCCAUUCUGCUGGAAUGCAUAUGGGAUUCAGGAGACCUUAACUAUACCUCCAAUCGAUUGUUUACUGGAUGGAAUGCCUGAAACUGUAGGAGAAAGCAACUUAUAUGCCUGCAAUUAGGGGGGAUAGUUUACUUAAUACUGUAUAGGUAGACAAGUAGCCAACUAUUCUGUCAGGGUUUCAUCUCUGAAUUUCCUGCAAUCUUGGUGCUUUCUUGUUUUACUUCCAUCCCUUUGGGGUAUAUUCCCUGAUUGUGCGAUGAGUGCAUGAAAUCUAGUCUGCAUAGGUUCAUUUUGGUGCCUAUAAUGUACUAGUAGUAGUACCAUAAUAUAAAAUAUAAGCCAAGAUUGAGUUUCAAGAA